UUUCUGACAAUCUGCUCCAUCUUUAGUUUUCUAAGCUUGGAGUUGAAUGGGUGUCGCAGUUCCGUUGUCAACUUCAUAUUUUAAUAGAAUUACAUAGGACGAAACAGCAACCAUGGCACAUGGAUUAAAAGAAAGAUUUGAUACGUUUUUGCACGAAAAGAAUCUUCUGACAGAUACCUUGGCAAAGAUCGAGGUAAAAACCGGAGUAAACAGGUCGUAUAUCGCAAUUGUUAUCAUUGCCAUCAUCGCACUUUAUCUGGUUAUUGGCUAUGGAGCCUCCCUAUUGUGCAAUCUUAUUGGAUUCGUCUAUCCAGCUUACAUAUCGAUCAAAGCCAUCGAGAGUGCAACCAAAGAGGACGACACAAAAUGGCUGACUUACUGGGUGGUGUAUGGAGUCUUCAGUGUGUCCGAGUUUUUUGCUGACAUCUUCCUGUCCUGGUUCCCCUUCUAUUAUAUUGGAAAGAGCGCUUUCCUGGUUUGGUGUAUGGCCCCCACUCCCUCCAAUGGGUCCAUUCAGAUCUACACACGGAUCAUACGCCCUGUCUUCCUCAAGAAUGAGGCCAAGAUUGACAACGUGGUGAAGGACCUCAAGGACAAGGCAUCAGAGGCAGCUGAUAAGUUCAAAGAUGAAGCAAAGAAAGCUACAGCAAACAUCAUUUUUGAGGAGAAAAAGAGCUCCUAGAUUCAACCGAAGGAUAAAAGUUAUCUUUCAACAGCACCAUCUCUGAAGUGGACUGUGAAACAACCGAAUAAAUGUUGCCUUUGAAUUUUUGUUAUUUUAUAAAUUAUAUCAGAACGGUAGUAUAUUGAUCUUGCACACUUUGUCUGUAAAAACUUAAAUCAAUGGUAAUGUUAUUCUCAAGUGAACUAAGCCAUUUCCCUGAGACAACUGAAAAGCCUUUAACUUCAAGUACCUUUAAUCUAAUCAAAGCCUGCAAUGUGUUCCCUCCCUGCAAUGCUUUAUGUAACCAAAUAAAGAAAUGUGCUGUUA